AUGGAAGGUGCUGCGUCUUCUUCGUCACCCUCCGCGCUGGUGAUUUGGGGGAGCACCGGCAGGCGGCUUCAGUUCACGCGGCAGGACUUGCAGAUGCCGGACACCGUCAAGGCGAGGCCGAAUCACCACUUCUUUGAAAAGCAGUGGGAUGCGGUGGCCGGGUUCUGGAUGAACCGCGUGCUGAAGGAGGCGGCGCUUCAACACAUGAGCGUCAGCGAUGUUGUGCAGUGCAUCGUCCACGACAUUGACAAGCGGUGGGAGCAGCGCAAGCGGGAGAAGGCACUCUACAAGAGACGAAAGCGGCUGCUCGACCCAAGCGGCACAACGGCUGCCGGCGUGCCGUCACAGCACGUGCUGCUGACGAACAUUCUGUCGCUCGACGCGUACCGGGAGCACGUGGCGGCGGACACGCUGGAGGAGUUGGUGGCGGCGGUGCUGGCGAAGGUGGAGGAGGUCGCGAGGGAGAAGGUGGUGCACCACACCCUCCUUGUUGAUGACGAGGAGAACACCGACAUCAGCAAGGACAAGGAGAAUAAGGGCAAUGACGACAGCGACAAGGGCAUGGCCGAGGAACCCGCAAAGAAGCGGAAGCUGGAGGGGAGCGGCGAGGCGACGUUUGACGAUCACGUGGCGCUCGUCUGCACAUUCACCUCGCAGGAGAAGGCCGCCAGCGUCGUCGCUGAGCUGCACGGAAGCACGUUUGAUUCACGAGCGGUGCUGUGCCGCUUUUACGCCUUGUAG